AUGGCCGACACAGGUAUUUCAGGUGCUAUCCCAUUUGACAUGGGAAAUCUUCAAAAUGUAAUACUUCUGGAUCUUGCCAAUAACAAUCUAUCAGGGGUGAUUUCAUCCUCUUUGCAGAAGAAGAAGAAAUUGAUUUAUUUAUAUCUUGAUGGGAAUAAUUUUCUCGAGUACAUUCCUUCACAUCUAGAUAUGUGUCAAAAUCCGAUGGAUCUUGAUCUUUCUAACAACAAUCUCAGUGGUUCCAUAUUCCCAUCAGUUAAAACUCUAAUCAAUUUGAACUUGUCUCACAACCAUUUGAAUGGGGCUCUUCCAGUGGAAAUAGGAAAAAUGGACCAUUUGGUUAUUUUGGACAUUUCAGGCAACAUGUUCGGUGGUCAAAUUCCAAGCACUCUAGGCGAUUGUGAUGGACUGUUCAUAUUAAGAAUGAGGGAUAACCACUUCCAAGGAUCCAUUCCUCAAUCAUUUAGAUCAUUAAGAAGUAUUGAGGAAUUGGAUCUUUCCAAUAACAAUUUGUCAAGUGAGAUUCCAAAAUUCUUAGGGGCAUUUCACUUCUUGGAAAUUUUGAAUUUAUCCUAUAACAAUUUGAAGGCAUAUUACCAAUUGAAGGAGUCUUCAAGAAUGCGAGUGCUACUUUUAUUGCUGGAAACAACAAGAUAUGUGGAGGAAUCCCGGGUGGUUCUUGUUUUGGUUUAUGUGUAUGUAUGUUGGUUGAAGAAAAAGAAACCACAAGAACCAACUUCAAGUUCCAUAGUUGAUAGAUGGUUAAACUUAUCUUAUGGAACUCUCCUUAGAGCAACCGAUGGGUUCUCUUCCACUAAUUUGAUUGGUGUUGGGAGUUUUGGAUCUGUUUAUAGGGGAAUACUCCAAGAGAAUGGGACUCAUGUUGCUGUAAAGGUGCUUAAUUUAACGCAUCAUGGUGCUUUGAAGAGCUUCAAAGCUGAGUGCGAGGCUCUAAAGCGUAUCAAGCACCGGAAUCUUUUGAAAGUAUUAACAGUAUGCUCAGGUACUGAUUAUGAUGGAAAUGACUUUAAGGCUUUGGUUUAUGAGUUCAUGGUCAAUGGUAGCCUUGAAGAGUGGCUGCACCCAUCUCCAAUACCAGCUGAUGUAGAUGGGCCUUCAACAAAUUUGAGUAUCAUCCAAAGGAUAAAGAUUUCCAUUGACAUUGCUUUCGCAUUGGAUUAUCUUCAUAACCAAUGCCAUAGUGUCAUAGUUCAUUGUGAUCUAAAACCAAGCAAUGUCCUUUUGGACGCUGAGAUGGUUGGACACGUCGGUGACUUUGGAUUAGCCAAGAUUGUCCUUGAAUCCACAUCUCACACGAACACAAAUAUGAGCUCCGCUGAUCUGAGAGGAACAAUUGGUUAUGCUGCUCCAGAAUAUGGAAUGGGAAGUGGGGUUUCUAUUGAAGGGGAUGUCUAUAGUUAUGGCAUCCUCUUGCUAGAGAUGUUCACAGGAAUCAGUCCCACGGCUGAGAUAUUCAAAGAAAAUUUGAACCUUCAUAAUUUUGUUGAGGAAGCUUUACCUGAACGAGUUCUAGAGAUUACCGAUCCCAUUCUAGUUCAAGAAGUAGAAAGGGAUGCAGGCCAAAGGAGAAAGAGCACAGUCCAAGAUUGUCUGCUAAUGGUAUACAGAAUUGGGAUCGCCUGCUCAGUUGGAGUCCCAAGAGAGAGAAUGAGCAUCGCAGAUGUAGCAGCUCAACUACGUUCGAAUAGAGACAAAUUGUACGCAGCUGGUUUAUGA